AUGGCAGCUGAAGAACAUUUUAACAGAAGUGUAAAAUUAGAUGUCGAUGGAAGGUACGUUGUAAGUCUUCCGUGGAUACAAGGCCAUCCUCCUUUGACCACUUGCAAAAAUGUUUCAGAACGAAGACUAAAGGGCUGCGUUGAAUCACUGAAGAGGAAUGGAAACUUAGAAGCAUACGAAGAAGUGUUUAGAGAAUAUCUUCAAGAAGGCGUUAUUGAAGAAGUUAAGAAUUCUUGUAAAGAAGAAAGUGAACACUUCUUACCUCACAGAGCUGUAGUGAAAGAAAAUUCCACUACAAGAGUCAGAGCGGUCUUUGAUGGAUCGGCUAUAGAAAAGAACUCGCCUUCUAUCAAAGACUGCCUGGAAAAAGGUCCCAACACCGUCGAGCUCAUUCCCGCCAUCAUGAAUCGAUUUAGAUUAAAGAAAAUAGGCGUUGUUGCGGACAUACGUAGAGCCUGA